GAUGCCCGCUAAGCUAGAAGAUGCGAAACCUACUCGGUUACAAUAUUCACUUAUCUGUCUUACAGCUCAUUGUUACUGGGAUUAGAGUAUAUUUGGUAUUAUGACCAGAAAAGUAAUCAUGUCUACUACAGGUGUACUACAGCUCCAUUCCGGAUACCCAAACUUCUCAAAGAGACCUGAAAUGGUCGCGUAAAAGAUUCGGUUCAUUAGCAAGCAUUAGAUUCGAUUCUCUCAUCACGGAUCCUAUAAAUGCGUUUUGUGAUUUGAUCAAACGCAAAACUUGCGCAAAAUCAAACUGGAAACAUGACGUCACUCCAAAAUGAGGAUAUAAAAUAUAGAAUUUCCUUAUUUGUAUGAUUUAUAAAAAAUAUUGGCGAAACGUACAUUUGUGCAAUGCUUUAGCUGACGAUCAGAUACUUGACGACGUAGAAAAAUGCCUGUUUUAAGCCCCCAUCGUAGUUCGGCUUCUGCUUUAAGCAGCUCUUAUAGGUCAAGUCUUGGUUCAUCAGCCUUAGACAGACCAUUCUUCGCAUCAUCUUCGUAUAGCCCAAGAAUAACCAGUUAUUCAGAACGUUAUAGUACAAGGUCAUUUACAGAUUCAGAUGGACGCAGAGUUUAUUCUAGAUCUGGGUCCAUAACAGAAGAUGGAGUUACAACACGCUUUAGAGAAGAAUCUAGAGAACCAAGCUUGAGACGUGAAUCUUUUGGUAGAGAUUCUGGAAUAAGUUCAAUAAGGGAAAACUCAGUUCUAGAUUACCCUAGAAGAGAUAGCUCGUUGUCUAGAAGUGAUAGAGUGUCCACAGUUAAUGUUUUAGAUUCAGUGGCCGAAUUAAGGAAUAAAUAUUCACCUGCUAAUUAUGUGCCUGCUUGCUUAAGGAAAAAUGAGAAUAUUUCUAGAUCCAAGUCUAUUAAUGAUAUAGGUUUGCCUCCCCUUGAGGCUAAAACGUCUAAAAAAAAGGUAACUGAUCGAACUGACAGUGUUUAUACUAACAGUGUGUAUUCUAACAAUACUAAUAUAACAGACAACUCAAAUGAUGAAGAUGAUAAUGGAAACAGAGCCUCCGUAGCAGAUCUUUGCAAAAAGUUUGAUGACAAACCACUCAAACUCAGAAACGGCACAUCACACCUCUCGAAUAAGACAAUAGAGGGCAAGCUUAAACAGCAUGAAACAACAGACACAAAACUCACUAAUGGAAAGUGCAAGACAAACAGUGUGAAAAAAUCAAGCAAUGGUUUGUCAUCUGUUAAAAAGAGUGACACUACAUCAGUCGAAAAAUGUCAAAAUAACACUGAUAUCUUACAGUCAAACUCUAAAUUGGAUGUGAAUGAUGAGGAAAAUAUAAAAAAUGGGCCAGAAGUCGAUAGGGAUGAUUUAAGGGACGAAAUCACAGAAUCAUCUGAUACCACUCCACCAAGAAGCAAUUCAAGAGUUAACAACUUUGCCUCUUAUAUUCCAUCGAAAGAUUUCCAGAAGGGUGAUGAAACUUCUGGAGAACCAGAUACAACAGAUGAUUCCAAAAAUUAUAUGGAUAACAAGGAAAGCUAUGUGGAGAAGAUUUUACCGCAAAAUGACCUGUCAGCAUCAUCGCCUAAGCUACAGCGCUCUGCCAUAUCGCCAUCGAACUCAGUAGGUAGCAGCCUCAAUUCUAAUUCUCUCUCCCGCCGAUCCAGGCCUGACACCAACCAUCACGUCCGAGAUUACUCGGACGAUGAAAGUAGCAGCGGAGAGCGAACCAACAGUUACAGCCAAAGCACCAUUCGAUCAACAGCCGCCUCUGCUAAAACUCUCGGCCUGAAUGGAUUAAAGAACAUUGGAAACACAUGUUUUAUGAACAGUGUCAUUCAAUGCCUCUCAAACACAAGAUGGCUACUGGAAUAUCUUAAAAAGGAUAUGUACUUGAGAGAUAUCAACACCACUAUCUCCGGUAUGAAAGGGGCAUUAAUAAAAGCAUUUGCCGAAGUGAUAAAGGAACUAUGGUCAGAAGAUUCCUCUGAUCGCGUUGUGAACACGGUAUCACUGAAGAGCCAAAUCCAACGAUUUGCGCCUCGUUUCAUGGGUUAUGCCCAACAAGAUGCUCAGGAAUUCCUUCGAUAUCUGCUAGAAGGCCUUCACGAGGACGUUAACAGAGUCACAGAGAAACCAAAGCCUAUUUUAACAGAAAUUGAUGACAAUUUGAGUGACAAUGAAAAAGCCCAAGAAUCAUGGCGGCGGUAUCUACGAUUGGACAAUUCGAAAAUAGUCGAUCACUUUGUUGGACAGUUGAAGUCCACACUGAAAUGCACCUAUUGCGGUCACAGUUCUGUUACAUUCGAUCCCUUUUGGGAUCUUUCUCUUCCAAUACCCCAAAGGACUGGCCUCCUGAGGUUAUCUCAGUGUUUAGAUUCAUUUACUAGAGAAGAAACGCUGGAUGGUGAUGAAAAACCCACGUGUUCAAAAUGUAAGGAAAGAAGAAAAUGCACCAAAUCAUUCUCUAUCCACAAGUUUCCAAAGGUUUUAGUGAUACAUUUGAAACGUUUCUCUCCAUUGGAACGGUUCAGAGGCAAGCUAAGCGUUACCGUUGACUUUCCUAUCGAAGGCUUAGAUAUGAGCAAUUAUGCUUCUGACAGCAACGCGUCUCAAUGCCGCUACAACCUGUACGCCAUCUCUAAUCACAGCGGCACCACUUAUAGCGGACACUAUACGGCCUACUGCAGGCACCCAUACACUGGACACUGGCACGAAUAUAACGAUUCACGGGUAUCUUCAAUUUCUUCAAAAUCUCUUGUCAGCGGUGAAGCAUACGUUCUCUUUUACGAACAAGAAACAGCAAAAUCUCACUUGUAAAACGAAUAGAUUUUAUCUUUUGAAAAAGAUUUUUUGAUUUAAAUUAUUUAUAUAAUUUACAAUAUACAAGAUCCUCUAAUAUUUUUUGAAAUUGGAUGUAUUUUUACUCAAUAUAUCAAAACUUUUGCCCUGCUACACACAUGAGUAUUUUUGUGAUGUAUUCGAAAAAAUGUUUGUCAUUUAUUAUACGUUUAUUUAUUUAUUUAUUGUCGGAGGUGUGUCAUUUUUGCAUAGGUAGAAAAAACCAAACUGAUAUUUUUCUCCAUCUAGUCCUUUAUUCAAAGUCAAAGUAGUUAUAAUAUAAAAACCCAUUUAUCAUAUUUCAACUACGUUUGACUUAUAAGAAUUGAAAUUUAUUUAAAUAAUUCUUUUAUGCAUGUACUUAUCACCAAAAACAGUUGAUAUUGUAGAAAAUACUUAUUACCUGUGGAAAGAUAACGCUCACUAUAUACAUAUAUAUUUUUUUGUAAAACUAUUCUAGAUAUUACAUAGAGUGUCUCCUACCUCGAUGAAGUUACUUGCUUUUCAGUACACUAAGUAGAGGUUUAUACAAUUGUUACAAAAAUUAGACAAAUCAAGCACUUAAGAAAAGAUGUCCAUGAAUUUAAAAUGUUAUGUAAAAUACUUUAAUAAGCUUUAUAUUAUUGAAAAAUGUUUAAAGCGCUAACUUAUAAUAAAUUGUUUGAAAAAA